UGGGAGGCUGUGUUGGGCGGAUCACUUGAGGUCAGGAGUUUGAGACCAGCCUGACCAACAUGGUGAAACCCCAACUCUAUUAAAAAUACAAAAAUUAGCUGGACAUGGUGGCACAUGCCUGUAAUCCCAGCUACUUGGGAGGCUGAGGCAGGAGAAUCGCUUGAACCCAGGAGGUGGAGGUUGCAGUGAGCCAAGAUCGUGCCACUGCACUCCAGCCUGGGCAAUAGAGUGAGACUCUAUUACAAACAAAACUUGGUAGUCAAGCUAAUCAUAACAUAAGAUUACUUGUAUUUUACAAAAUGUGAUGUAUUUGUAUUCAUAUCAUUCCUCCCAUAAGUUAUGUGAUAAAAAUAAGAAAUUCCCUUCUACAUUAAAAUGGGCUGUGUAAACUGUUGACAUGGUUAGUUAGGUGUAUCAUUUUAGUCUAGACACAGUUAAUUAAAAGGGUGUGCCAACAGUGCAUACUCAUUAAUUUAUUCCACAGAUAUUGAAUUUCUACUGUUUCCAUCACUAUGCUAACCACUGGGGAGUAUAGUUGUGAAUAAGGCAUAAUCACUAUCCUUAAGGAACUUAGAGUCAAUUAUUACAGACUAACAAAUAAAAGCUAAGACAGUGGUAGGUAUGGUAUGCUAAGGACCUACUUGGGGUACACCUGACCAGUUUUAGGAGUCAGGAAGGCCUUUUAAAAGUGAUACCCAACAGAGAAGUAAAGAAGUAUCCAUUUAGCCACAUGUAUGUACAGGUGGGAAGAGGAGUUUAGAAGGGAGAGGGCUUGCAGGCGGAGAGAACAGCAUAUGCGGACCCCAGAGGCAAAGAAUAGCAUGGUAAGUCUGAGGUUUCCAUAUGAUAGAGAACAGGAAUAAGAGACUGGUUUAGUAUUUAACAGGGACAGAUUUUAAAGGCCUUAUGUACAUUGUUAAGGAGUUUAAAGCUUUUCUUGAAGACAGUGGGUAAUCAUUUAAGGGCUUAAAGUAAGGAGUAACAUGAUUUGAUUUACAUUUUAGAAAGAAUGCUGGCCACACUGAAGAGACUGGAUUGGAGAAAAGCCAGACUGGAGGCCUGGAGACCUCUUAAGAUGCCAUAGGAGUAAUCUGUGGUAGAGAUGCUGGUGAUCUGAACUAAUGCUAAGUAACAUAUUUUGAGGGAUGAGAAUUGAGGCACUUGAGAGGUUGUUACUUGUCCAGAAUCAUGCAGCUGGAUGAUGUGAGGUGCCUUCUAGACCAAGGGCCGCAAGCGGUCAAUUCACUAAAUCCAACCAGUCACAGGCCGCUGCUUUGAAUUUACCACGCGGAGAGCAGCUUUUCCUGUGCUUCCUGCUUCCCCCGGAAGUGCCUUGCUACGGGAAGUGACGAGAGCCGGGUGGGCCGAGGUUGGGGAAGUACCUUUUCCUCUCCACGCGGUUGAGAAGACCGGUCGGCCUGGGCAACCUUCGCUGAAGAUGCCGGGAAAACUCCGUAGUGACGCUGGUUUGGAAUCAGACACCGCAAUGAAAAAAGGGGAGACACUGCGAAAGCAAACGGAGAAGAAAGAGAAAAAAGAGAAGCCAAAAUCUGAUAAGACUGAAGAGAUAGCAGAAGAGGAAGAAACUGUUUUCCCCAAAGCUAAACAAGUUAAAAAGAAAGCAGAGCCUUCUGAAGUUGACAUGAAUUCUCCUAAAUCCAAAAAGGCAAAAAAGAAAGAGGAGCCAUCUCAAAAUGACAUUUCUCCUAAAACCAAAAGUUUGAGAAAGAAAAAGGAGCCCAUUGAAAAGAAAGUGGUUUCUUCUAAAACCAAAAAAGUGACAAAAAAUGAGGAGCCUUUUGAGGAAGAAAUAGAUGCUCCUAAGCCCAAGAAGAUGAAGAAAGAAAAGGAAAUGAAUGGAGAAACUGGAGAGAAAAGCCCCAAACUGAAGAAUGGAUUUCCUCAUCCUGAAUCUGACUAUAACCCCAGUGAAGCUGCCAGUGAAGAAAGUAACAGUGAGAUAGAGCAGGAAAUACCUGUGGAACAAAAAGAAGGCGCUUUCUCUAAUUUUCCCAUAUCUGAAGAAACUAUUAAACUUCUCAAAGGCCGAGGAGUGACCUUCCUAUUUCCUAUACAAGCAAAGACAUUCCAUCAUGUUUACAGCGGGAAGGACUUAAUUGCACAGGCGCGGACAGGAACUGGGAAGACAUUCUCCUUUGCCAUCCCUUUGAUUGAGAAACUUCAUGGGGAACUGCAAGACAGGAAGAGAGGCCGUCCCCCUCAGGUACUGGUUCUUGCACCUACAAGAGAGUUGGCAAAUCAAGUAAGCAAAGACUUCAGUGACAUCACAAAAAAGCUGUCAGUGGCUUGUUUUUAUGGUGGAACUCCCUAUGGAGGUCAAUUUGAACGCAUGAGGAAUGGGAUUGAUAUCCUGGUUGGAACACCAGGUCGUAUCAAAGACCACAUACAGAAUGGCAAACUAGAUCUCACCAAACUUAAGCAUGUUGUCCUGGAUGAAGUGGACCAGAUGUUGGAUAUGGGAUUUGCUGAUCAAGUGGAAGAGAUUUUAAGUGUGGCGUACAAGAAAGAUUCUGAAGACAAUCCCCAAACAUUGCUUUUUUCUGCAACUUGCCCUCAUUGGGUAUUUAAUGUUGCCAAGAAAUACAUGAAAUCUACAUAUGAACAGGUGGACCUGAUUGGUAAAAAGACUCAGAAAACGGCAAUAACUGUGGAGCAUCUGGCUAUUAAGUGCCACUGGACUCAGAGGGCAGCAGUUAUUGGGGAUGUCAUCCGAGUAUACAGUGGUCAUCAAGGACGCACUAUCAUCUUUUGUGAAACCAAGAAAGAAGCCCAGGAGCUGUCCCAGAAUUCAGCUAUAAAGCAGGAUGCUCAGUCCUUGCAUGGAGACAUUCCACAGAAGCAAAGGGAAAUCACCCUGAAAGGUUUUAGAAAUGGUAGUUUUGGAGUUUUGGUGGCAACCAAUGUUGCUGCACGUGGGUUAGACAUCCCUGAGGUUGAUUUGGUUAUACAAAGCUCUCCACCAAAGGAUGUAGAGUCCUACAUUCAUCGAUCCGGGCGGACAGGCAGAGCUGGAAGGACGGGGGUGUGCAUCUGCUUUUAUCAGCACAAGGAAGAGUAUCAAUUAGUACAAGUGGAGCAAAAAGCGGGAAUUAAGUUCAAACGAAUAGGUGUUCCUUCUGCAACAGAAAUAAUAAAAGCUUCCAGCAAAGAUGCCAUCAGGCUUUUGGAUUCCGUGCCUCCCACUGCCAUUAGUCACUUCAAACAAUCAGCUGAGAAGCUGAUAGAGGAGAAGGGAGCUGUGGAAGCUCUGGCAGCAGCACUGGCCCAUAUUUCAGGUGCCACGUCCGUAGACCAGCGCUCCUUGAUCAACUCAAAUGUGGGUUUUGUGACCAUGAUCUUGCAGUGCUCAAUUGAAAUGCCAAAUAUUAGUUAUGCUUGGAAAGAACUUAAAGAGCAACUGGGCGAGGAGAUUGAUUCCAAAGUGAAGGGAAUGGUUUUUCUCAAAGGAAAGCUGGGUGUUUGCUUUGAUGUACCUACCGCAUCAGUAACAGAAAUACAGGAGAAAUGGCAUGAUUCACGACGCUGGCAGCUCUCUGUGGCCACAGAGCAACCAGAGCUGGAAGGACCACGGGAAGGAUAUGGAGGCUUCAGGGGACAGCGGGAAGGCAGUCGAGGCUUCAGGGGACAGCGGGACGGAAACAGAAGAUUCAGAGGACAGCGGGAAGGCAGUAGAGGCCCAAGAGGACAGCGAUCAGGAGGUGGCAACAAAAGUAACAGAUCCCAAAACAAAGGCCAGAAGCGGAGUUUCAGUAAAGCAUUUGGUCAAUAAUUAGAAAUAGAAGAUUUAUAUAGCAAAAAGAGAAUGAUGUUUGGCAAUAUAGAACUGAACAUUAUGCCUCCUUUUGACCACUUGCCGAGUGCCUGUCUCUUUCAGACACAGACAAGCUUCAUUUAAAUUAUUUCAUCUGAUCAUUAUCAUUUAUAACUUUAUUGCUACUUCUUCAUCAGUUUUUCCUUUUGAAAGGUGUAUGAAUUCAUUACAUUUUUAUUCUAAUGCAUUAUCUGUAGAUUAGAAGAUAAAAUCAAGCGUGUAUCUGCCUAUACUUUGUGAGUUCACUUGUCUUUAUACUCAAAAGUGUCCCUUAAUAGUGUCCUUUCCUGAAGUAAAUACCUAAGGGAGUGUAACAGUCUCUGGAGGACCACUUUGAGCCUUUGGAAGUUAAGGUUUCCUCAGCCACCUGCCGAACAGUUUCUCAUGUGGUCCUAUUAUUUGUCUACUGAGACUUAAUACUGAGCGAUGUUUUGAAACAAGAUUUCAAGCUAAUCUGGGUUGUAAUACAGUUUAUACCAGUGUAUGCUCUAGACUUGGAAGAUGUAGUAUGUUUGAUGUAGAUUACCUAUACUUAUGUUCGUUUUGAUACAUUUUUAGCUUCUCAUUAUAAGGUGAUUCAUGCUUUAGUGAAUUCUUCAUAGAUAGUAUAUAUAAAAGUACAUUUUAAUAGAAAGCCAGGGUUUUAAGGAAUUUCAAAUGUAUAAGGUGGCUCCAUAGCUUUAUUUGUAAGUAGGCUGGAUAAAUGGUGCUUAAACGAUAAUGUACUCCACUUCUUCCUAUUGGAAGAUUAACAUUAUUUACCAAGAAGGACUUAAGGAAGUAGGGGGCGCAGAUUAGCAUUGCUCAAGAGUAUGUAAAAAAAAAAAAAAAGAACCAAACCAAUGGAAAUAAUCAAAUGCAAAAAGGUAACAAAUUCAUAACUGGAGAGCAAAGAGAAGAACAAGUGUGAUUUGCAUGAUAAAGCAUUGUUUUAAUGGUGAAAACUUCACAGACCACUAAUGUUUCUAGAGGUUAACUUCAAGUGGGCAAGCUGGGGUUUUUAGGUAGUCAGUGGCCUAGUUCCUAAAGCCACAGUAUAGGAUCUGUUUGUUAAACUGAAUGUCUGUUGAAAGUUUGUUUUAGCUGCUUGGAGGCUUCCUUUUAAGACAAAGUGUAUGUGAUUAAGUUGUUUUGAGGGAACUGAAGAACCUGAUGUAGCCCCUGGCCAGAUAACUGCCUGAUUUCUCAGAUAUUAUUUCUCUGGGAAGCAUUCUACAUAGCACAGGAGCUUAAGAGUGGCAUUAUCUUCUCGCCUUAAUUUCCAGAGAUUAUUUCUGUACUGAGAAUCCUGGAACUACUAUGCUAGGAAAUUUAAAGCCGCAUGGUCUGUCUUGUUUUCAUUUAAUAAUUGUGAACACCUAGAAUCUUUCUAGGUCCUGAUUUCUCUUGCUUAAUCCAGUCUUUAUCUCUAACUGCCCCUUAUUUGAUCACCAUGUACUAGACUAGGAGCUCUGAUAGCCAGCUCAGCUCCUAAUCCUUGAGGCAACAUCCUUUUUCUAUUUGAACUUCAGUUCUGUCCUUGAAUCCUGACUAGAUAUUUCUUGCCCUCUGGUCUCAGAAUUCUCUUGGCUUUUAUUCCUUGAUCCACUUGCCAGUUUUAUCAUUUACCCUUGUUCCUCAUGGCUUCCCAUCAAGCCAUGGAUAUUAGGUGACAGUGUAAUUUAUUAGAUUCUGGUUUUGCCCAAACACUGGGCAUGCUUUAAUAACAACUGAACCAUUUCGUUAUUUGGAUAAGCAUGGGUACCUUAUCAAGCAGAUUAAAAGGAUAUGGUACCCGUCCUUUAGAAAAGAACAGCUAAAACCUUGUUGUGGAUUAUGGAUUUAGCCUAAAGAAAAAUAAUCUGGCAUAAAUUAAGAGUAAGAGGGAAGAUUAAUAGAAAUUUUACUUCACAUAACUUAAAAAUGGCUAUUUCAAUAAAUGAAACUAAAGUUUCUCUUGGAUCCCAGAAUUCAACCUGUAUUUAUAAAUGUAUAAUGUAUUUAGCUACUUUUUGGUUUAAAUGAACUUGUUGGGUUAGCUUGGUAAGUGUUAUAAUUUUUACUAUUUUCUACAAAGAAAAUAUUUUCUAAUUUAAGUUGGAGCUAUCUGUGCAGCAGUUUCUCUACAGUUGUACGUAAAUGUUUUUACUAUAAAAUGAGCUAAUGUAUAAAAUACUGAUCUAUACCAUAAUAAAGAUAGUAAUACUUGA